UCUGUAAGUAUUGAAUUCUAUUACAAAUUGAUAGUUCGUAUAAGAAACAAUCCGUAGUUGGUCUGUGACAGUUGCUAUUGUCAUGUCUAUCUGUUAUGUGAACGAAGGUAAGAAAAUGAAUAUUGGUCAUCCCAGCAAUUUUAAGAAUGGAUUUUGGAUGUGGGAUGAAGUGAACAAUGGACUACUCUUUGUUAACAAAGAUAUAAGUCCAAGACUUCCAUCAACCCUAAAUGUAAAUGCGAUAAGAGCUGCGGCAACUAAAGUAACCCGGAAUGAAAUGAAAUUUCGAGAAACCGUUGAUCAUUUGGACAAGGCUCGUUUCCGUCGAUACCACCAAAGAAGGUGCAAACCAAAUGAACCCGAUGUAAUUACUAUUCAAGAUGUGAAAGAUGUUGCAAUAUACAUAGCAAAUCCGAGGAAUUUAUCACGCGAUUUAUUAAAACUUCUUCAUACAGUGACGAUGGAUAAAUUUUUACGGGCUCUAAUUGUCUAUUUCCAAUUCUUCAUACUGAUAUGGGAGAAGUUAUUACUGAGGCGAGAAGAAAAGAAGCGUAAACUGUAUCAGCCCAUUGUUACGCAAAUUGAAGAUAGUUUACGAAAUGACUUGGCCGACUUGCGCUGUGUAGUCUCGAGGGAGUAUGGUACAAUUCUUAUAGGAGCAGAAAAAACAAAAAAAUUUCACCAUAUGCUUAGUAAUAAAAAUAACAUUUCACUUUCGGAUAAAGAUCGUAAGCUUUUUGAGGAGAUCGUAAGUAUGUCGGUCAGAAUUGUAUGGAUUGCUUUGCACAGAAAGAAUCUCAAUUUAAUCGGUAAGAAAUUUGGGAGAUGUGCGGGAAACCAUCAGCUCAUUUUAGAAACGGAAAUGAACCAGCUGUUGCGCACUAAGAUCUUUAAUGGAAGAGCUUGUGGUGAAGACCUACACAAAUCACAGGAGGAAGAGAACAUUUUAUACGGCACUGCAAAUAUCAUGGAAAAAAAGCUCUUGCAACAUUCACUAAUGACAAAAGAAUUAAUGCUCGGUCAGCAUGAUUAUAGACUGCUCAUGAUUGGAGUUAAACAAUAUGAACCAACGGAUGAACGUUUGGAAUACUUAGAGGUCGCUUUUACAGCACCUGAGGAAUUGCUAGUAAAAGAAGGUGUCACUGUCGGACUACUUGGUCUUCCCAGAAGUGAUUACGAUGCUAUGCUGAUAAGUCUGACUCAUAAUGCUAAAAAGCGGUUAGCAAAGAAGCCUAGAAUUUUACCUGAGUUUAAGAUUCCACCUUCCAUUCACCAUAGCACUGCCGACAUGCCGAAAGCAUUCCCCAAGAAGCCUCCGUUAUACAAAGACACGUCGCAAAAAAUAACUGCACGAAAAAAACAAUUUGAUAUGUGGAAUAAAGUUUGGGAGAGGGGAAGCGAAGUAAGAGAAAUGUCAAUUUUGGAUUUAUCAAGAACACAAUCACAAGCCCUACUCAGUUCACGAAGCUCCAUUUCAAUGGCAACAAGACGUUCGAUACAAGUGGAACAAUGCACAAUGUAAUUACUUAGCUCGCA